AUGACGGCGGAUCCUUACUGCGAACACCUCGCCUCCCCGAAUGGCUGGGUCCUUGCUCUCUCUGUUCAACUCGUCCUGGGCAUCUUGAUCUCGUAUAUUCCACAACAUGUAAAGAUUAUUCGUCAUGGCACUUCUGCUGGUCUUUCGCCUUGGUGGGUGUUACUAGGCACCAUCUCUUCCAUCGCAGCGCUUGCAAAUAUCUUGGUUCUGCCGUCUAGUCAGCAUGAUAUGGCUUGUUGUCGCGAGAUCUCUGGUAAAGCUUGUGGUGCUGCUUUGCUGGGUGUCGUGCAGAUUGGCGUGCAGUGGGUUUGCUUCAUGACCAUUAUGGUCCUCUUCCUCGUCUUCUUCCCCCGCGAUGCCUUUGCAAACCCCCCUCCAGAGCACCUCCCCCCAGACACCCCCCGCAAACGCGACGCCGUAAUCGUCGGCGUAACAUCCUUCAUCUCUCUCCUCACCGUCGGUCUAAUCUCCACUCUCUUCCUCUACCACCUCCCCUCUCAUCUCCUCUCAUGGGCAAACUUCCUAGGUAUCCUCGCCGCCGUUUUAUCCUCGAUUCAAUAUAUCCCUCAACUCUACACGACGUGGAAAGCUAAACAAGUGCUGAGCUUGAGUAUUGCUAGUAUGCUUAUUCAGGUUCCGGGUGCGUUUGUGUUUGCGUUUAGUUUAUGGUUGAGGGUUGGGUGGGAGGGGUGGAGUACUUGGUUUGUUUAUUGCGUUACGGGGGUCUUGCAGGGGGCGUUGCUUGUCAUGGCUAUCAUUUAUGAUAGAAAGGAGAAGAGCGGGGGAGCUGUGGAGCAAGGAGAGUCUAACGAGAGGGAUCCCUUGUUGGAGAGCUCUGGGAGAAGUGGCUAA